AUGAGCAAUGAAUAUUAUUGCCCACAAAUUAAACUUCAACUUAUUCUACAUGAUGGUCAACUCCUUAUCAGUCCUAGCAUCACAGAAAUAUAUUCAACAUAUCAUAGUAUAAUUGUCAACAUUAGUAGAAUGGCUCAAAAUUUAACUCCAUUUGAAGAAUUAUUAAAUUUGAAAACACCUUUCACAUCUAUUCAAAUAAAAUUACCAGAUUGGUAUAUUAAAAAGUCUCAUAAUAAGUUGCAGAGUAUAUUAUGCAACUUAUUUGAACCCAUAAACAAACACGUGAUGAAUGUCACUGAAGAAUUUUAUCCUAUCUGUGCACCCAGUAUAAAGAAAAAAAUAUUGUCAUUAAGUCUAGGAAAAAUAAAUUUUGAUUCAUAUCUCAAAUAUAUCCAAAAAUAUAAGAUAUAUUUCGUAAAAGCGAGUGCAAUGGUAGAAAAUACAUAUUUUACAAUAGGAAGAUUAGAACAAAGUGAAGCUAAAGAAGCUUUAAAAAAAGAAUCAUGUGACAUUGUAAAUGCUUUCUUGUUUAAACUUAUCAAAUAUCACCAAGAAUUUAAUUUGAGUAUCUGUGAAGAGUUUGACAAUUUAAAAACAAAAGCACUGGAUGUACCAAAUGAUGCAAAGUCUUUAAUUGAGUUAACUGAAUUCAUUUUACACGCAUCAAAAGAAUUAAUAAAAGAUUUAGAACAUAAAAUUCAGAAGUUAAUAAAUAUGCUAUGUACAUUAUUGGAAAUUACUGUCUUGUCAGACGAUCAUAUUAAUUUAAAUAAGAAGACUAUAAACUGGUUACACCAAAUAGAGCCAGUAUUUAGGCAGAACAAUGUGUUAUGUGAAGCAAAGAAAAAUGAAUUAGAAGAUGAAAUGCAAAAAAGAAUAAAUAAGUUAAAUAUAGAUGUAGAUAAUAUUAUUCCUCAACUCAGUGUUUUGGAUAAUAUGGAUGACAUUAAUAGAAUUGACGAAUAUGCUGAAUAUUACAGAGGCCUUCGUAAGCAAGUCAAUAAAAUUAACAAUGAAAUGCACAGAAUUAAUGAGGAAGAAACACUAUUCAGAUUUCCUGAAACUGAGUUUCCUAAAGUAAUUGAAUUACUAGAAGUAACUAUCCCCUUUUACAAUCUUAUUCAUGUUGUUCAUCAAUGGCAAAAUGAUAACGCUGUCUGGUUAGAUGGACCAUUUGACUGGUUAGAUGCCAGUGUUAUAAAGAAGAAGACAUUAAACUACUUUGACACAAUUACUGAAAUGAGGAAGACGUUUAGAACAAAAAUUAAAAUGGAUCUAACAGCGAAUAAAUGUUUUAAAUUUUGUGGCAUACCAGAUGAUCCAGAUCCUAUGCAACAGCCUGCACCAUUGAAAGUGUGCUGGCAAGCUCUUAAUGAUAUAAAUGAUUUUAAAAAAUAUUUGCCAUUAGUAGUGUGCAUGUGUAAUCCAGCUCUCCGAACCCGUCACUGGCAGGAAAUGUCUGCAGUAUGCAAUUUUGAUCUAAUGCCUAAUGCUGGAACUAGUUUAAGAAAAAUUAUUUCAUUUGAUUUAAUGAAUGACAUUGAAAAAUAUGAAGCUAUUAGUACAGGUGCUAACAGAGAAUUAGAGCUACAAGAAAAAUUGUUGAAAAUGGUUAAAGAAUGGGAAACAAUUUCUUUUGAAAUAAAUUUUGACAAAACAUCUAAAAUGCAUGUGUUUGCCAAUUUGAAUGAUAUAGAAUUACUUCUUGAAGAUCAUUUUAUAAUGGUUGGAGAAAUGAAAACUUCACAUUUCGUUAAAUCAAUAUUUUCAAGUGUAAUAGAUUUUUCUAUAUCUCUUGAUAGAAUUAAACAAAUCAUCUAUCAAUGGUAUCACAUUCAAGUCUUAAUACUUUCUGUAGAUGCCACAUUUUCUUAUCCUAACAUAGAAACAUACUUACCUAAAGAAUCAACUUUAUACAUGGAAGUAAAAGAGGUUUUGACAAGUAUUCAGAACAAAUUAUGUGAAACUCCUACUUUAUCAGAAAUUAAUAAUCCAAUAAUUUUAAAAACUUUGUAUGAUGCUAAUUCAAAACUUGAAGUGGUACAUCAAGAUGAAGACUAUGUCACAGUAUCAAUGUUUAAUACAAAUAUAAAAUAUGGAUGUGAGUACAGUUACUAUAAACAACGUAUAAUUAAUACUGCUUUAACUGAUAGAUGUUUUCACACUCUUAUGCAGGCAUAUAAAUAUCACUUAUAUAGUACUGUCAGAGGAUUAUCUGGUACUGGCAAAACAGAGACUGUUAAAAGUUUAGCAAAGGCUAUUGCAGUACAGUUUCGCAUCUUUAACUGCGCUGAUAUAUCCUCUUAUCAUUUUUUUUGUCAAGUAUUUAAAGGAUUCAUUUCCAGCGAAAUAUGGCUUUGUUUUGAAAGUUUUAAUAAUUUAAAUUUCCAACUAUUGUCCAUGAUUACUCAAGAUCUUGUUUGUAUUGUUCAAGCGGUAACAGCAAAUUUAAAAGUCAUAACUCUUGAGGGUUCUUUGCUGAACUUAAAUCCAACUGGUCAUAUUUGCACUACUAGCAAUAUUGGUUCAUUUAAAUAUUGCGAACUACCUGACAACUUGAAAAUAUUAUUUAGAAGAGUAUCUAUGAUAGCACCAGAUAUCAAUAAAAUUGUAGAAAUUGAACUGUUUGCCGCUGGUAUACUUAAUUCAAAGCUUUUGGCCUCAAAAUUAACUGUUGUUUACGGAGUGCUGUCCAAACAAGUGUGGUGUGAAUCGUGUAAUAUUUUUAAUAUAUGUUCCGCGAAAGUAGUUAUUAAGACUAUAAUUUAUUUGAAAAGCAGUUUCCCAGAUGAAAAUGAAACUAUGUUACUCCUACGUUCAUUAAUUGAUGUUAAUCUACCGAAACUUUGCAACGUGGAUAUACUUAUCUUCAAAAAUAUUGUAGACAACAUGUUUCCAAAUAUUACCUUAUUAUAUCCCAAUUAUAAAAUCUUUCUAGAAACUCUUGAAACAGUAUGUAAAUUUAGAUCCUUGCAUAUUCAUGAUGACUUUAAACUAAAAAUAAUACAGGUAUUUGAGUUACUGUGUAUUCAUCAGGCUGUAAUGCUUGUUGGUGAUGCUUUUGUAGGAAAAACGGAAAUUCUAUAUGUUCUGAAAGACGUUUUAAUAUCCUUACGGAAACAAGGUAUUGAAUAUGGUGCCUCUGUAAAAUUGGAAACUCUAAUUCCAGGAGUAUCUAAUGUUGAACAGUUUUAUGGUCAUUUUGACGAAAAAUCAAAAACUUGGAAGGAUGGUAUAUGCUCCAAAAUUCUUCAUGUUCUUUCAAAUGAUUCUUUUGACAAAAAAUGGAUAGUAUUUGAUGCACCUUUAAAUGAUACAUGGAUUGAAAGUUUAUAUACAGUUCUUGAUACGAAUAAAGUAUUACAUUUAUCAUCAGGUGAGAAAAUUAAUGUGGUUGAUUCUAUAUCUAUUAUUUUUGAAACAAUGAGUCUUGUAGAAACUUCUCCUGUUAUGCUGUCAAGAUGUGGAAUAAUUUAUAUAGAAUCACAGUCUAUUGAUUGGAGACCAUAUGUUAAAACAUAUAUUUCUAAGAAUCAUAUCUGUAAUGGAUAUGAAGAAGUAUUAUAUUCAUUAUUUGACUGGGUAAUGCAACCUUCUUUAGAAUUUAUACAAAGACAUUGUACUUCAACUUUAAUUGUAAACCGAUUACACUGUAUAAUAUCGACAUUAAAUUUGCUGGAAAUGUACUUGACGGAUAUUCAAACAGAAAAUACUGAAGAAAAGGGAAAAUCAAACCAUUUUAUAAUAUGGAUGCAAGCUGCACUUAUAUUGUCUGUUGUAUGGGGAUUAGGAGGGAAUUUAAAUAUGGAUUCUCAUAUUAAAUUUAAUUCAUUCUGUACAUUGAUUUGGAGUGGAAAAAAUGAAGAAUAUCCAAAACCAGAGGUAAUAAAGAAUUUUGAUGUAACAUUACCUCAUGAAGGUUUAAUACAAGAUAACUUUUACGUUUUUAAGGGCAGUGGGAAUUGGAAGUAUUGGGGUGAUUUAUUAAAAACUGAAAAGUUGUCAGAAAUACCUGACACAAAUGAAAUUUGUGUACCAACGAUUAAUACUAUGAAAUAUAAUUUUUUGUUUUUAAAACAUAUUCAGUACAAAAAGCCUUUUCUGAUUUGUGGAAAUAUAUCUACUGGAAAGACUUCUUUAAUGAAAAAUUUGCUAAGAAACAAACUAUUCAUAGAAAACUAUUUAAUUAACUUGUUUAGUUUCACUUCUAUGAAUACUGUUCUCAGAACACAAAAUUUGUUGCUCUUAAAAUUGAACAAAAUAAAAACGGCACAUUACGGCCCUCCAAAAAAUCAAUUCUGCAUUAAUUUCAUUGAUGAUCUCAAUGUGGAAAUGAACGAACAUAAAUCAGAAAUGAAGAAUAUUUUAGAACUUCUGCGGCAAUAUCACAGUUAUGGUUAUUUCUAUGAUAGUAAUAAACCUGAAAAAAUUUUUAUUCAUGAUACUAUGUUUUCACUUAGUGUUACAGGAAAUGACACUAUUAAGAUAUGUCCUAGAUUUUUAAGAUAUUUUAAUUUGUACAGUAUGUAUACAUCAUCUACAGAUACCAUAUUUAGAAUAUUUUCAAAUGUACUUCUUACUAACUUGAAAAAGAAUCUUUUUGGAACAGAUGUUUUAACUAGUGUAACCAGUAUAACAAAUGCUACAAUUGAUGUUUACAAUUCUGUAAUUAAAACUCUCCUACCAAUACCUGUAAAAUUCCAAUAUCAAUUCAGUAUAAGAGAUAUAAGUAAAGUGAUUAAUGGCUGCAGUCUACUCCAGAAAGAAUCAGUGGAAACGAAAGUUACUUUUAUUCGACUUUGGGCACACGAAGUGUGGCGCGUUUUUGGUGAUCGAAUAUUAAACAAGGAUGACAAAGAGUAUCUUUUCUUACAAAUAAAAGAACUCACCAAACGUCAUUUUAAAGACUCGUUUGAAACAGCUUUUGAUUACUUACCAAAAUUUGAAAACAAUCAAAUCACAAAGGACAGCUUUGAUGAUUUAAUGUUUAGCAAUUUUAUGGAUACAGAAAAAGAUAAAGAUAAGAAGUAUGAAGAGAUAAGUUCUAUAGAAAAACUAAAAAGUAAAAUUCUUUUUUAUCUAGACAGGUACAACAAUAAUUUUAAGAAACAAAUUGAUAUAGUAAUAACAAAAUACGUGCUAGAAAAAGUGAUUAAAAUCUCAAGAAUUUUAGCUAUACCAGGAGGCAAUUUAUUAAUGAUUUCCAAUAUAGGAUCUGGUAAAAAGUCUAUAACAAGUCUUGCAGCUUAUAUGAAUCAACAAGAAUUAUUUGAACUAUGUGUACAGUCUUCCUGUAACUUUAAUAUAUGGAGGAAUAAUUUAAAAACAGUUCUACAGAAAUGUGGUGGACUAAGGGAAAAUCUUACAUUUUUUAUCAAAGAUAAACAAAUAUCAAAUACUUUCCUUUGCGAUAUUAGUAGCUUACUAGCUACAGGCGAAAUACCUGAUUUAUUUUCUACUAAGGAGAAAUAUGAUAUUAUUGAAAUGGUACGUUUACACGCUCAAGGUGGAAACAAAAAUGCAGAAAUAAGUACCCGUUCUGUAAUGAAUUAUUUUUUGGAGCAGUGUAAAAAUAAUUUACAUAUUGUUAUGUGCUUCAAUUCAUCAAAUACAGCAAUUAGAUCUUAUUUAUAUAAAUAUCCCGAACUAUUAAAAUAUUGCACAAUAAAUUGGUACAACACAUGGCCAACACAUGCACUUGAACAAAUAGGUUCGAAAUAUAUUCAAGAUAUUAAUGUUAAAGAAAAUAUAAAACCAGAUAUAAUAAAAGCUUGUGUAAAGUUAUAUAAUAACGCGCAAGAAGUAAGUAAUGAAUAUUUGAAAGAAACUUCCAAGGCAAUUCAUAUCACAUUAUCUACAUUCCUACACAUGUUAAAACUAUAUACUCAUCUGGUAUCAAAAAAGCAAAACGAUAUUAUUGCAACAAGAAACAGGUAUUUAGCAGGCUUAGAAAAAUUGGAAUUGGCAGCACAACAAGUUGAGAAGAUGAAAACUACAUUAACAAUAUUGAAACCACAAUUAGAGCUGUCUGCUAAGCAAACUAUGAUUACCAUGAAGGAAGUAGAAAAUGAAAAUAUUACAGUAGAAGGAGCCACUAUAGUUGUACAGCAAGAAGAAGAAAUAGCAAAUAAAAAAGCAGAAGUAGCUGGUAAACUCAAAAUAGAAUGUGAGGCUGAUCUAGCUGUAGCAAUUCCAAUUCUAGAAGAUGCUGUUGCUGCAUUAAACACAUUAAAGCCCACAGACAUUACACUUGUAAAAGCUAUGAAAAAUCCUCCUGAUACUGUUAAAUUAGUAAUGGCUGCAGUCUGCGUUAUGCUUGAUAUACCUCCAGAUAGACCCGUUGAUCCAGUCACUGGUAAGAAAUACACGGACUACUGGGGGCCAAGUAAACGCAUUUUGGGAGAUAUGAAUUUUUUACAAAAUUUAAAAGAUUAUGAUAAAGAUAAUAUUCCACCAAAUAUAAUGCAGAUCAUUAAAAAAACAUAUAUGUCAGACAACAAUUUUAAACCACACAUUGUUGCCAAAGCAUCAAGUGCAGCCGAAGGACUUUGUAAAUGGGUGCGCGCGAUGGUAUCUUAUGAUGAAGUCGCAAAGGCAGUAGCACCUAAAAAAGGAAAGCUUCUAGCUGCACAGAAAGAAUGCGAUGAAGCCGAAGAUUUUUUAAACGAGAAACGUAGAACACUUUCUACAUUAAAUGCAAAACUUGCAGCACUAAAUAAUAGUCUUCAAGAGACAUUGCAACAAAAACUAAAAUUGGAAAUAGAAGUGGAAGACUGCACUGAUAAACUUAAGAAAGCAGAGAGAUUAAUUGCAAGUUUGGGGGGUGAAAAAGAUCGCUGGAUGCAGUACGCGAAAAGUCUUCAAGAAAAUUACAAUAAUCUUGUAGGAGAUAUGAUAAUAUCAUGUGGAAUAAUAAGUUACAUGGCCUCGUACACUAUUGUUUUUCGUGAUAAAAUUGUAGAAUACUGGAAGCAAUACAUCAGAGAUUUGCAAAUGCCAUUUACUACUAAGUAUAAUUUUGUAAAUAUACAUGGAGAAGAAAAUGAAAUAAACUACUGGUAUCUUUGCGGUUUACCUAAGCAUAGGUUUUCAGUUGAAAAUGCUAUUAUUAUGAGUAAUUCUGAACUGUGGUGUUUAUUUAUUGAUUCACAUAAUCAAGCAAAUCAAUGGAUUAAGACAAUUGAGAAUAAAAAUGAUCUUCAAGUCGUUAAACUCACUGAUUCAAAUUAUACAUCAAUUAUUCAAUGCAGUAUCGAAUGUGGUAAACCAACAUUAAUUGAAAAUGUGGGAGAAGACCUAGAAACAUUAUUAGAUCCUUUGUUUCUGAAAAGAAUUUAUAAUGAUGGAAACACUUCAUAUUUGAAUUUUGAUUGCAAAGUUGGAAAAUAUUCUCGUGAUUAUCGAUUAUAUAUUACAACCAGAUUAUUGAACCCACAGUAUUCGCCUGAGGUAUUCAGUAAAUUCACAGUAAUCGAUUUUUCUAUACCAAAUGAAGCUCUUCAAGAUAGACUCCUUGAUCUUGUCGUCUUUAAAGAAAAACCAGAACUUCAUGAAAAAUUUGAAAUUUUACUUAUGGAAGAUGUUAAUAACAAAAAAAUAUUAAAACAACAAGAAGACAAUAUUUUAUGCACCUUAUCUUCAACAACCACAAAUAUUCUUGAAGAUGAGAAUGCUAUAAAAAUUUUGGAUUCUUCGAAAUGUCUUUCUUUAAAUAUAAUUAAAAAGCAAGAAGCAACUUGUUCAAUACACUUAUUGCUUUAUCAUCCUUGA